AUGAAAACAACUACGAACAAGGUUAUACAAACGAAGGUAUCAUCCCGAAAUGGGGAGUUUUCUCUUCUGCUCGAUUUUCUGGUGACACCAAAAAUCACUGAACUGCCAACAGGUAAGGUAGAGACGCACUCGUGGCCGCUUCCUCCGGCAGUUGAGCUUGCAGAUUCGACUUUUAAUGAUCCCUCUGAUGUUGAUAUUAUGAUUAUUGGCGCCGAGGUUUAUUACGAUAUACUAAAGAAAGGAAGAAUGAAAAUAGGAGUGGAAAUUCCCACAUUGGCUGAGACUGCUUUUGGAUGGGUUGUGAGCGGCCCGGUAAAACUAGAUCGGCUAGGAUAUUCGAAAAGAAUUUGUCAGUUAAACAGUACCUAUGAGGAUGUCAAUCGUACCCUCUCUCGUUUUUGGGAACUCGAGACAUGUUAUACAGCUUCAACAAAGUCAUCAGCAGAGUUAGCUAUAGAGAAACAUUUUGAAACGACACACAGUCGUAGCAAAGAUGGUCGCUAUAUUGUGAGAAUACCCUUCAAUGAACGACAGGAUCUUUUGGGUGAUUCUAUGGAAACUGCUAAGCGACGUUUUGAAAAACUUUUGUCAAACCUUGCAAGGAAUCCGAAAAAGCGAGAGCAGUAUACUAAAUUUAUGGAAGAAUAUCUAACGCUUGGUCACAUGCAGGAAGUUAAUGACAAACCAGCAAAGUGUUAUUUUUUACCACAUCACUCCGUCUACAAAAGUUCUAGCUCCACGACUAAGUUAAGAGUCGUGUUCGAUGCUUCAGCUGCAACUACCACGGGUGUGUCACUUAAUGAUGCACAGCAAGUAGGUCCAACUGUCCAGAAUGAUUUGGUUACAAUCAUAUUGCGGUUUUGCACCCAACAAAUAGCACUAACGGCGGAUAUCCCGAAGAUGUACCGCCAGGUACAAAUACACGAAGCUGAUAGAAAAUUUCAACGAAUUUUGUGGCUGAACAACGAAGGUGAGACAGCCACGUUUGAAUUGUCAACUGUAACAUACGGCUGCUCUAGCGCACCGUAUCUGGCUACUAGAGCCCUUAAGCAACUUGCGGCUGACGAGAUGAAAGAUUUUCCAAAGGCUGCUCGCGUAGUCAAGGAGGAUAGUUAUAUCGACGAUUUUUUAACCGGAGCUAGGACGGCUGCUGAAGUGAUCGAAAUUGUUUGUCAACUGAAGCAAAUACUAAAUCGUGGGGGUUUCGGCCUUCAUAAAUUUUGUUCCAAUAGUACAGAAGUUCUGGAUGUUAAACCGCAGGAGCUUCAGGAAAGACGAGUGGAGUUCGAAAGCUGCGAUAUCAAUGAUGCAAUUAGAACGUUAGGUCUUAUUUGGAACCCUAUUGAAGAUUAUUUUGUGUUCCUCUAG